AUGAAGAAAUGGGGUAGCUCAGACUUGGGGGAGUCUGUGGACCUGCCCCAAGAGGAUUGCUGCCCAGACUCCUCAGAUGGAGACCCUGACUCCAAGCCACCUCUAGCCAAGCCCCACAUCUUCUCCACGGCCAAGAGCCGCACCCGGCUCUUCGGGAAGGGUGACUCGGAGGAUUCUUCUCCUAUGGAUUGCUCUUAUGAGGAAGGAGAGCUGGCCCCCUGCCCCAUCAUUACAGUCAGCACUGUUCUUAUUCAGAGGCCUGGGGAUGGCCCCACCUGUGCCAGGUAACUGUCCCAGGACUCGGUCACUGCUGGCGCCGAGAAGCCCCUGAAGCUCUAUGAUCGCCGGCGGAUCUUUGAAGCUGUUGCUCAGAAUAACUGCCAGGAGCUGGAGAGCCUGCUACUCUUCCUGCAGAGGAGCAAGAAACAUCUCACGGACAGCGAGUUCAAAGACCCCGAGACGGGGAAGACCUGUCUGCUGAAGGCCAUGCUCAACCUGCACGACGGGCAGAACACCACCAUCCCCCUGCUCCUGGAGAUCGCCCGGCAGACGGACAGCCUGAAGGAGUUCGUCAACGCCAGCUACACGGACAGCUACUACAAGGGCCAGACGGCGCUGCACAUUGCCAUCGAGAGGCGGAACAUGGCGUUGGUGACCCUCCUGGUGGAGAAUGGAGCAGACGUCCAGGCUGCAGCCAAUGGGGACUUCUUUAAGAAAACCAAAGGGCGGCCUGGCUUCUACUUUGGUGAGCUGCCUCUCUCCCUGGCUGCAUGCACCAACCAGCUGGCCAUCGUGAAGUUCCUGCUGCAGAACUCCUGGCAGCCAGCAGACAUCAGCGCCAGGGACUCCGUGGGCAACACCGUGCUGCACGCACUGGUGGAAGUGGCUGACAACACGGCUGACAACACCAAGUUUGUGACGAGCAUGUACAACGAGAUUCUGAUCCUGGGGGCCAAGCUGCACCCCACGCUGAAGCUGGAGGAGCUCACCAACAAGAAGGGGCUCACGCCGCUGGCCCUGGCUGCUGGGAGCGGGAAGAUUGGGGUCUUGGCCUAUAUUCUGCAGAGGGAGAUCCAGGAGCCCGAGUGCAGGCACCUGUCCCGGAAGUUCACCGAGUGGGCCUACGGGCCCGUACACUCCUCGCUGUACGACCUGUCCUGCAUUGACACUUGUGAGAGGAACUCGGUGCUGGAGGUGAUCGCCUACAGCAGCAGUGAGACCCCUAAUCGCCACGACAUGCUUCUGGUGGAGCCGCUGAACCGACUCCUGCAGGACAAGUGGGACAGACUUGUCAAGCGCAUUUUCUACUUCAACUUCUUCGUCUACUGCUUGUAUAUGAUCAUCUUCACCACGGCAGCCUACUACAGGCCUGUGGAUGGCUUGCCUCCCUUUAAGCUGAAGAACACCGUUGGAGACUAUUUCCGAGUCGCUGGAGAGAUUCUGUCUGUGGCAGGGGGAGUCUACUUUUUUUUCCGAGGGAUCCAAUAUUUCCUGCAGAGGCGGCCCUCAAUGAAGACCUUGUUUGUGGACAGCUACAGCGAGAUGCUUUUCUUUUUGCAGUCACUCUUCAUGCUGGGAACCGUGGUGCUGUACUUCACCCACCGCAAGGAGUACGUGGCUUCCAUGGUGUUCUCCCUGGCCUUGGGCUGGACCAACAUGCUCUAUUACACUCGCGGCUUCCAGCAGAUGGGCAUCUAUGCCGUCAUGAUCGAGAAGAUGAUCCUGAGAGACCUGUGUCGUUUCAUGUUUGUCUACCUCGUUUUCUUGUUCGGGUUUUCCACAGCGGUGGUGACACUGAUUGAAGAUGGGAAGAACAAUUCCAUGCCCGUGGAGUCCACGUCGCACAGGUGGCGGGGACCCGGCUGCAGGCCGCCCGACAGCUCCUACAACACCCUGUACUCCACGUGUCUGGAGCUGUUCAAGUUCACCAUUGGCAUGGGUGACCUGGAGUUCACUGAGAACUAUGACUUCAAGGCUGUCUUCAUCAUCCUGUUACUGGCAUAUGUGAUUCUCACCUACAUCCUCCUGCUCAACAUGCUCAUCGCCCUCAUGGGCGAGACUGUCAACAAGAUCGCACAGGAGAGCAAGAACAUCUGGAAGCUGCAGAGAGCCAUCACCAUCCUGGACACGGAGAAGAGCUUCCUCAAGUGCAUGAGAAAGGCCUUCCGCUCAGGCAAGCUGCUGCAGGUGGGGUACACACCUGACGGCAAGGACGACUACAGGUGGUGUUUCAGGGUAGAUGAAGUGAACUGGACCACCUGGAAUACCAACGUGGGCAUCAUCAAUGAAGACCCAGGCAACUGUGAGGGUGUCAAGCGCACACUGAGCUUCUCCCUGCGGUCAGGCAGAGUUUCAGGGAGAAACUGGAAGAACUUUGCCCUUGUUCCCCUUUUAAGAGACACCAGUACUCGAGAUAGGCACCCUGCCCAGCCGGAGGAAGUUCACUUGAGGCAAUUUGCAGGGUCCCUGAAGCCAGAGGAUGCUGAGGUCUUCAAGGAUUCUGCUGCUUCAGGGGAGAAGUGA